AUGGCAGGAUCUAAAACUGUGAAUGUACCCUUGGUUGGACAUUUUAUGUUAAGUAAAUCACAAUGCCCUAAAGAUGAUGUUGAUUUAAUCAAAAUGGAAAAUAUCCCUUAUGCAAAUGUAGUUGGGUCAGCAAUGUAUGCCAUGAUUAGCACCAGACCAGACCUUUCUUUUGCAAUUUCCCUCUUAAGUAGAUUUAUGUCAAAUCCUGGUUUUGACCAUUGGCUUGCUCUUAAAUGGCUUCUUAGAUACAUUAAUAGUUCUGUGCAUGUUGGCUUAGAAUAUGGAAAAAGAUAUGACUCAGUUGAUCUUGUAGGAUUUGUAGAUUCUGACUUUGCAGGUGACAAAGAUUCAAGGAAAUCAACCACUGCAUACAUGUUCACCUUGGGUGGAAACUGUGUGAGCUGGAAGUCCCAACUUCAGCCAAUUGUUGCUCUAUCCACAACUGAGGUAGAGUAUGUGGCUAUGACAGAUGUUUUCAAAGAAGCUCUCUGGCUUCAAGGACUAUUGUCAGAAGUUAAACUACUGGGAACAAAAGUAGUGUCUCCAACCAAGUUCAAGCACUGGUUGAACCUGCUGCAUGUUGAGUAA